AAAUACAUCCUGUAGAACACCCACAGUGUUGAACCCUAUUAGCCUAUUUCCUACAGACCUUUCAGAUCUCAUUGACCAUGAAGCUAUCAGGUGCUUUUCUGCUUUUGGUCAGUCUGGCCUGCUUGUUCCUCUUCACAAAGGCUGUGAGCCACAAGAGCUAUCAGGCUUUGUGCAGCAACUAUGAGAAGAAACCAGCUACAGAUGGAAAAUCCUGCCCAAAGACAGACAAACCAGUGUGUGGCACUGAUGGGAAAACUUACCCAAAUCUCUGUGAAUUCUGCAAAGCAGCUAUAGAAAGAAAUGGAAAACUUGGUUUCAAACAUGAAGGGAAGUGUUGA